AUGGAUUCGCCUAUCAAGCAGAAAGUCACGUCCGAAUCUAUCGCAAUCCUCACCGAAACGGGCCGCAUUCCAGUGCCUGUCUUCCCGGGCGUUCCGCUAUACAAUGUUGGAAAUUAUGUCGUGCGUCUUGGCCAUGUUGUGAAAUGGUUGGGACAAGUGGCUGAAGACGCUGGCGUCGAAAUUUACCCCGGAUAUGCCGCUUCGGAGGUUCUCUACAAUGAAGAUGGUAGUGUCCGAGGUAUCGCCACAAAUGAUGUUGGUAUCGCUAAAGAUGGCUCACCCAAGGAGGGCUUUCAACGCGGAAUGGAGCUCAACGCGAAAUGCACGAUUUUCGCCGAGGGCUGUCGCGGCCAUUUGACUAAGCAGGUGCUCGACAAAUUUAAUUUGCGGAACUCGCCGAUGUCGUUUGGCAUUGGUAUCAAGGAACUUUGGGAGAUCGAUCCGAAGAAUCAUCAGCCCGGCUACGUGGAACACACGCUGGGAUAUCCAUUGGCUGUCGACACGUAUGGAGGAUCCUUCCUCUACCAUCUGGAGGAUAAUGGUCAGCCACUCGUAGCGCUCGGCUUCAUUCUUGCGUUGGAUUACAAGAACCCCUAUCUCAAUCCAUACCAGGAAUUCCAAAAGUACAAGCGUCACCCAUCUAUCAAGAAACAUUUGGAAGGUGGACAACGUAUCGGAUAUGGUGGCCGAGCGAUUAACGAAGGCGGCUAUCAAAGCGUCCCCAAGCUUUCAUUCCCAGGUGGCUGCCUUGUCGGCUGCACUGCCAGUUUGCUGAAUGUUGCCAAGCUGAAGGGAACUCACGUUGCAAUGAAGAGUGGGAUUGUUGCUGCUGAAAGUAUCUACAAGGAGAUUGUGGCAAAUCCUGAGGCUGAAAGUAUUGAGCCGAAGGCGUAUCCGAAAGAGCUCGACAAUACCUAUGUGAUGAAAGAGUUGAAGGCAACAAGGAAUGUCCGACCAUCAUUCAAUACCUCUUUGGGUUAUUGGGGAGGACUGGCCUACAGUGGCCUCUUCUACGUCAUUGGGCGUGGUAUGGAGCCCUGGACUCUCCAUCAUGGCAAGCCGGAUCAUGAGAAGAUUAUUGCAAAAGAUCAGGCAAAGCCGAUCGCAUACGAUACGAAGGCCGAUAACAAGCUGACGUUCGAUCUGCUGAAUUCGGUCUCGUUGACUGGAACGAAUCAUGAAGAAAAUCAGCCUAGUCAUUUGACUUUGAAGGAUGACAGCGUGCCGGUCGAUGUCAAUUUGAAGAAAUACGACGGGCCGGAAGCUCGCUUCUGUCCUGCUGGUGUCUACGAAUUCGUUCCAUCCGAAGGUAAUGCCGAUCAGAUGCGGCUCCAAAUCAAUGCUCAAAACUGCAUUCACUGCAAGACGUGUGACAUUAAGGAUCCGACACAGAACAUCAACUGGGUGACGCCGCAGGGAGGCGAGGGCCCCAAAUACGAUGGAAUG